AGUCAUAAAAAGUGCAGCACACCAGUGGACCUCAGCAUACUUGGCUCUGGACACAGGUAGCAAACAGUGAUCAGAGGAUCUGAGUUAACUCUCCCGGCCUAAAGGGUACAGCAUGUCUGAAAUGCAUGACAAUAUUUUGACAAAGAACCUUUUGAACCUGGCGCUUGAUGAUGCCUUGCUCCCAAGACCGUCUCAGCUCAAAGUCCCAGGACAGGGUCGACUGAACCGAUCCACCUCGUUCUUCGCGCCGCCCUCCCCACCUCUCUCCGCCAAUCUCAGUUUCAGCACUGAGCAUAUCACUGACGAUGACAGCGGCAGCUCACUUUGGUCAUCAAACAUCUGGAGCCAGGCCCCCAGUGUCCAAACGAAAGCAUCCGCUCUGCAAGGACGCUCCAUGAGCCUAACUGAGUCCAGCAUCUCCCUGCUCUCUUCCUUUGGACAAUUCAAGAACCUGGAAGCUUUCCCUUCAGGACCGGUCACAACUGUGGCUCCUCCACCAGGCUUCCCUCCCGCAUCCAACCUGCCCGCCCAGGUGCCACCCAUGCUGUCCUCCAACCGUUACAAGACUGAGCUCUGCCGUGGCUUCCAGGAGACAGGCAGCUGUAAAUAUGGCAACAAGUGCCAAUUUGCCCACGGUGAAGCGGAGCUGCGUGGAAUGUACCGCCACCCAAAGUACAAGACAGAGCACUGCAGAACCUUCUACAACUUUGGCUACUGCCCAUAUGGAUCUCGCUGCCACUUUAUCCACGAGGAAAAAAUCAGUGGAGGCCAACUAUCAUCUGGCAAAUUCCAGACUACACGCCAACCAACUCCCAACACAACCAAUGGUCAGAAUCCACGCCACCAACUCCGCCAGAGUGUGAGCUUUGCAGGGUUCCUGGGCUCGUCACGGACCUCCCCGCCGCCUUCAUUCCCUACGUCCUUUACUGAUUCAAACCUGGGCUUCAGCAGGGCUGCCUCAGUGUCUCCACCUCCACCAGAUCUCAUGUCCCCAGUGUUUGGUGACUCCCUCACGCGGGAAGUACCAACAUUCCACUUUGGCAACCAUCAAACCCGCGCCAGCUCUGGUGACAUCCACAACAUUCCUCUCAUAGUGGAGCCAAAAGCCUCACGCUGCAUGUGUGGCCACGGGAACGACUUCUCUGUUUUGCACAGCAACAGCGGCAGAGGCUUUACCAAGGCGACAGAUGGAAACCAGCAGGACAGCAAUGCUUUAUUUGUAGCUUCCAACCUCGGUGGAUCGACGAAGCACGCUAGUCUGCAGCGUUUCUCCUCUGAGGACUCCCUAGAAGACAGCUACAGCAGCAGCAGCGGAGGUUCCAGCGGGUCUGAGUCUCCGAUCUUUGAUGCCUCAGCCACCAAGAGGCUCACUGUCUUUGAACGCCUGUCCUUGUCCGACUAAGGGAAAUAACAGAAGAAAACUGUGUCUAGUCUUUCUUCGGAACCAGAACUGAUCAGGACAAGUCAACUUUUGAUGACAUAUUAACACUUAAUGUUCUUAAUUCAUGUUUGUCCGAUCUGAACUUCUCUUGGACAAAUUGUCAUGAUCAGUGUAGCAAAUGAGACCUUCUUCUUUGGUCUUCUGUAGAUUUUGACCAUACCAGCAAUUUGGCUGGUUUGCAAAUUUACACUUGUAGUGAUCAAAAUGGCUCAUCGGUUGAGACAACCAAUGGUAUCGUGCCUUAAAUAUUCUCCCUGCCUAACAAGCCAGUGCUCCGCAGUGCCAAGAACAGUAUGUUUGAUUCCGUGGCCUUCAUGAGAAAGACCUCACGUGUUUAAUUGAUGCCAUUUUAUCUGUGACAUGCACUUUACAGCAAAUUUAAGAGGGAGAAUAUCGUCUCCUGGUAGCAUUCAACCAAAGCUUCACUCUUCACUCUACUUUGUGCGUGUGUGUACGUGUGUGGGCCUGUGAGAUUGUGUGCGUGUAACCAUCGCUUAUUUCUGAGACCAGGGGUGCAAGCGGAUGCAAGAUCAAAGUGUGCAACAGAAAAUUAUAUGUCAAAUGUAAAUACAUGACCCACUUUACCAUUUUGUAAUAUUUGAUGGUUUCUUCAUGUCACCCUCCUGUACACCCCCUUUUAAGGUCCCCCGUUUGAUUGACAGCCUGGUUCAGGGACUUGAACACAGUAUUCUUUUGGUUAUUGGUUGCCUCGCAUUGUUUAACUUAAAGUAAUAUAUUUAUUAUGAUAUUUAUUGCUGUUUACAUAAAAAGAUGUAUUUUGUACUUUAUUUAUGAAGAAUUAUUCCAAGGUCUGUGAAUUACCAAUGUGAUAAAAGGGAGUUAAAAAAAAAAAAGAAUCUUAUAUUUUUAAUCGUCCAAAAGUGUCUAAAUAAAUUUCUGAAUAA